GGCCUAUUAGUAGGCUGUUACGUUCUCGAAGCCUUAUUACAAUCCAAUUUAGCCUGUAUGUAUGACCAGUUAUGUGUAAACACUUUGCAAUCAUAUAUAAGUACAAUUAACACCAGGGGUAAAAUCUACUCGAGGAGGCGAAGCACUGGCUGAACGAUUAAAGGUGAACAAUACUCUUACUCAACUGAAUCUUGCAUAGAACCGAAUAUCUACUCCAGGAUGCGAAGCACUGGCGGAAGCAUUAAAACUUAAUGAGACCCUCACUGAACUUAAUCUUGAAUGCAACCGGAUACGUGCUCGAGGAGGCGAAGCACUGGCUGGAGCACUGAAAGUGAACAACGCCCUCACUGAACUUAAUCUCCGCCGUAACCAGCUAUCUGAUUAAGGAGGCAAAGCACUGGCUGAAGCAUUAAACGUGAAUAACACUCUUAUCCAACUUAAUCUUGAACACAACCAAAUAUGCAGUAGGAAAGCUCUAGCUCAACCUAUCCCUAUCCUGAGCUAGAGCUUUCCUUACGAUUGAUACUUCAAUCAGUGGCUUGCCUUCUAUACUACAUAUUUGGUUGUGUUCAAGAUUACCUAUCCCUUGGCUGGAGCGAUAGAUCAGUGCCAUUAAACUCAGAAGAAUUCUCACGCAUAGCGAAGGACUCACGAAUUUUUUCUUUUAUUUCUUUAUGUUUUAUUUGUCUACUUAUUUUUUAUCCUUUUUCUGUAGUGUGAUUUUUCUCUUCUUUUGCUGAAGUGUGCUCAUGUGUCUUAUUUCUCAUAGAGCAGGGCAGCAUCAGACAAGUUAUGCUAGUAAUGGGACAUGUGCUGUGAGUUCGAGAACUAACUCAUUACUGAGAACGCUACUCUAAAGAGUCGGUUUGAGACAUGUCAAAAGUUCAUCUUAGAAAAGUUGUGAAUGCUUUGUUUUCCUGCCCAGGAUGUCCAAACGUGCAAAAAAGCUCUCUAACUCACGAGGGAACAUAUGCAAGUGAUAAAUCGUUUUUGACCUGGAAUGUAGUCGGUUAACACCAAAUAUUAAUUUAUAACUAAUUAAUAAGAUAGUAAUCGAUUGUAAUCGACACCGCUGAAUCCGAAUAUCAACAUGAUACGGGCUUAUGAUGCUUCUAGACACCGUUUUCUGCAAAACCAGGUUUCCGGAGUCAAAAGAAAUGUUCUGAUCGUUGUAGAGGACAUCGAAAAACCUAUCAAAAACUAGCUUUGAGAAUUUUGGAAGUGUUUUUGACCGAGUUCAUAAACAUACAACAAGUAAAAGUCACGUGCACAAUGGCGAAAAUCAGUUCGCGUUUGGCAGCUUCGACUUUGACCUUCCGCAGGCCAAUUUCAAAACAAUCGAAAGAGGAAACAGAUACAUGAAAGUUCUGCUCGCGAACCGUCGGUUUCUUGACGAAAAAACCUGAAGUUGUUGUGGGGAAACAUCUGUUUCUUCCCGAGAAAUCAUCAGGUUUUGCUGGAGAAACAUCGGUUUCUCGACGAAAAAACAUCAAGCGAUUCCGGAGAAACAUCGGUUUCUUCACGAAAACACAUGAAGUUCUGCUGGAGAAGAAUCGGUUUCUUGACGAAAAAACCUGUAGUUGUUGUGAGGAAACAUCAGUUUCUUCACGAAAAAACAUAAUGUGCUUGCGGAGAAACAACGCUCUCUGCAGAAAAAAAACAUAAAGUUGUUCUGGAGAAACACCUGUUUCUUCACGAAAAAACAUGAAGUUGUUGUGGAGAAACAUCGGUUCCUGCAGGAAAAAACAUGAAGUUCUGCUCGAAAAACAGCGGUUUCUGAAAGCUCUAAUAAAAAUCUAUCUCCAAUUUUAUUUUUCUAGUUAGAGAACUCAUUUUAAUGCCGUUUUACUUCUACUUAUAGUUGUAUAGAAUGGCAGAGGAUAUAGCUCGUUUACAACGUGUUAUUAGAGCUUUGUUCGAUUUGAAACUGAUCAAUGGAACGUUAACUGCUUUACAAGAAUUAGAUCGAAGUGAAAAAUUAAAAGAACAUUUUAAAUAUACAACUCAAAUACUAGCAAUGAAAGGGAAAUCCUGUUUGGAUGCCCAAAAUAAUGAUUUAGCUGCUGUUGGUUUUCGAUACCACGUUGUCUUAAAUUUAUGA